AUGAAGCCCGUCGUCAGUGCUAUGCACGCUUGGUCGUGCACCGUCAUCUCCGUCUUCGCCAUCGUCAUCCUGAGCGUCCUCGGCGGUCUCUACCGCUCUGGCCACGAAGAGUUCGUCGGCGGCAAAGACGACCCCAUAGACGGCAAGGCAGUCUCUGGCACCGUCUUUACCGCCGUCGUCGUCUACGCUGCAUUUCUCGUCUUCUGCGGUUUCCAGGGCCUGCUUCACGUCCGGGAGAACCGGAGAGGCGCUAUCGCUUUGUGA